AUGGCAACAAUUGUCAACGGAACUGUGCUCAUACCGGCAUUGAAUGGCACUCUUAUCAACAAGGACGACUGCGCAAUCGGUAUCUGUUCUAUGGACUAUGCACAAAUCGAAUAUGUUCCGACAUACGGCGGCAAUCUGGCAUACUGCCUCAUAUUCAGCUUUCUCCUCCUAGCUCAGAUGGGGCUUGUCUGGAGAUACCGCACCUGGGGGUACUUUGUGGGCAUGUUUUGCGGCCUUCUCCUCGAGGUACUCGGCUACGCUGGUCGUAUCAGUCUAAGCGGGAAUCCUUUCAACUUCGACCAAUUCGUCCUAUACCUUGUGUGCCUUACCAUCGGUCCGGCCUUCCUCACGGCCUCUAUCUACCUCUGUCUCGGCCGCAUUGUCAUCGUCUACGGCCAAAACAUCUCUCGCUUCUCGCCCAAGUUCUACACUCUUACCUUCAUGAUUUGCGACUUCAUUAGUCUCUUGCUCCAAGCUGUUGGAGGAGCUUUAGCCGCUACACAAGACGCUUCGGAUCCGUCUCGUACAGGUGUCAAUAUCAUGAUUGCCGGUCUCGCUUUCCAAGUCGUCAGUCUGACGAUUUUCAUCGCGCUCAGCGUGGAAUUUGUUUACAGAGCGUACAGAGCAAGAGAGAGCGAUCUAAACUUCGGCUUCUUCGAUCUAAGAAAGCGCACCAUGUUUCGCGUUUUCCCGUACGCUAUCGCCGUUGCAACAAUCACAAUCUACAUCCGUUGCGUGUUUCGUGUCGCGGAACUCAAGGAUGGUUUUGGAGGAAAGCUAGCCAACGACCAAACCGCAUUCAUGAUUCUGGAAGGUCCGAUGAUCAUCAUCGCAACGAUUGCGCUCACUGUGUGUCACCCCGGCAUUGCCUUUGGCAGUGCGUCGUCUUGGGCAGCUGCAAAUUGGACCUUCAAGAAGAGUACCAAAAGCGACAACAGCCAUAUCAGGAUGGUUAGCCAGGAGACUGCAACACCUUCGCUGGCAGGAAGCGAGGUACACGAUCCGAAGGCCCGCGUCUGA